CGAUAGCAGCAGCAGCCACCACACUGUCCCCCGCUUUACUGAGUCUCUCCACAGGCAGCUAAAGCAGCAGAGCACUUGGAUUCCAAGUGCUGCUCAAACCUGCCACUUCCUCAGCAAUUGUUUUAGGAUUCUGCGGCAGUACUCGAACAUAUUCUGCACAGGAUUUUGUAUGGGGAGUUCUUGAUUGAAAGAUUGGCUCUUUUCACUGCAGAAGUGUUACGGUACUGUGAAACGCCCCCUCUACAAUAGACCACCUUUUGCUUGAUUUUUUUUUACACUGUCACUUUGGCAGCUAUUUUCUCUUCAUUUCUCUUCCCCUUUUGGCUUUUUGUUUUAAACUACUCCCUUUUUUUGGUAAAGCUGUGCUGCAUCACUAAACCACAUUAUGCUGUGCCCUGCACCCUUUGCCUUCCUCCUCCACCUCUGCUAGGCAGUGGGAGUAUGGAUGCUGCUGUUGUGACGACCUCUCCUUCUUUUAGUCCACUGCGGAUCGGCAUGCUGAAUAAUCCUGCUGUCAAUGGGUGAGGACAUUGAUGCACGAAAAAUCAACAACAGCUUCCUCCGAGACCAUAACUAUGUGACAGAAGCUGAUAUCAUUUCUACUGUAGAAUUCAACCACACUGGAGAAUUGCUGGCUACAGGGGACAAGGGGGGUCGUGUUGUAAUAUUUCAGAGAGAGCAAGAGACAAAAAGCCAGCCUCACCACCAAGAUAAAACCAUUAAAUUGUGGAAGGUCAGUGAAAGGGAUAAGAGGCCAGAAGGUUAUAACCUCAAAGAUGAAGAAGGUAGAAUGAAAGAUUUAUCAACAGUUACAGUGUUGCAGGUCCCAGUACUGAAGCCGAUGGAUCUGAUGGUGGAGGUGACUCCACGGAAGAUCUUCGCUAAUGCUCAUACCUAUCACAUCAACUCAAUUUCAGUCAACAGUGACUGUGAGACGUAUAUGUCAGCUGAUGACCUCAGGAUAAACCUCUGGCACUUAGGAAUAACAGACAGGAGUUUCAACAUUGUAGAUAUUAAGCCAGUAGACAUGGAAGAAUUGACUGAAGUUAUCACAGCAGCUGAGUUUCACCCUCACCACUGUAACCUCUUGGUCUACAGCAGCAGCAAGGGAACUCUGCGGCUCUGCGACAUGAGGACAGCUGCUCUGUGCGACAAACACGCCAAAUUGUUUGAGGAGCCAGAGGAUCCCAGUAAUAGGUUCUUCUUCUCAGAAAUAACCUCUUCCGUGUCCGAUGUGAAGUUCAGUCACAGUGGCCGGUAUAUGAUGACACGAGAUUACCUCACUGUCAAAGUCUGGGAUCUCAAUAUGGAAACCAAGCCUAUAGAAACAUAUCAGGUUCAUGAUUACCUCCGGAGCAAGCUUUGUUCUCUUUACGAGAAUGAUUGCAUCUUUGACAAGUUUGAAUGUGCAUGGAAUGGCUCAGACAGUGUUAUUAUGACUGGUGCCUACAAUAACUUCUUCAGGAUGUUUGACCGGAACACAAAACGAGACGUCACGCUGGAAGCUUCCAGAGAGAACAGUAAACCACGGGCAGUGCUUAAACCACGCAGAGUCUGCACGGGAGGCAAGAGGAGAAAAGAUGAAAUUAGUGUUGACAGUUUAGACUUUAACAAGAAGAUCCUGCACAUGGCCUGGCACCCAACAGAGAACAUAAUAGCAGUGGCCGCGACAAACAAUCUCUACAUAUUUCAGGAUAAAGUGAACUCUGAGAUGCACUAGGUUUAUAAAUACCUUGGCGUAAUUAUAAACCGGCCUUUUUUUCUGACCUUUCUGCCAAUGAUCUUCACAAAGUUGAAUUCAUCUUAGUGGAAUUGUGGAGUGUGAUUUCUCAUUAAUAUGUAUCACUUGUCAGUCAGAAUUGAUUUUUGUCUGUCACUGGGGGUGAGCUGAGCACUGCAAAGGGGCAGGUGUGACUACCAUCAACACAGUUACACCUCUUCUCCAGCCAACGCUUCAGGCUUCUUAGAGAAUUUACCGGUUGAAAUCUUUUUCACCUAACAUCUCCAAAUUAAUAGACAAAGACACAAACAGGAUCUAAUUACCAUUUAAUUCCUGAUACAUUUUUGGUCUUUUUGGUGGAUUCAUAUGGCCAAACAUCAGUAAAUAGUUUGAGCAGGAACCUGAAAGAUUUUUAAAAAACAGUCUUUGUUGUGUCAGUCUGCCCACAAUCCAAUUUAAUAGAUCGCUAGCCAAAUUUAUGGCAAUUUAAAUAAAAAUUGUUUUGUUAGAUAAUUUGAAACAGAAUAUGGUGGGAAUGUAUAGCUGGUCAGGCAGCAUCUGUAGAGAGAAGCAUAAUUAAAAUUUCAGGUUGAUUCAGCAGAAUAGUUCUCUACUUUAAUCUCUGUAGGUGCUGCCUAUGUUUCCAGCAUUUUAUUAUUAUUUCAAACUUGUAGCAUCUGCAGUUUUUGCUUUUCUAAGGACAAAUGGAUUCCAAUAGUAUUCUCUUGCCAAUUAGCUUGAAUAUUUGGAAAUGAUCCAUCUUUCCUUUAAGAUUGCUGAGAAUUGUUGGAAGCGAAGUAGGUUUGCUUAUUUGCACACUGAAAAUAUGAACCAAAAAAUAACAAUUGCUGUCAGAUUUGGCAUAAAUGAUAGUAAUUUGGCAGUCUGAUUUAAAGGCAUUUACGUUAAAAUCUGACAGUACAAGGAACAUUGUUUUGAAGUUGCAGUUGAGGUGAAAAUUUAUGAAUAUUUCAUUGAACGUAAAUAAUUUUACAGCUGAUUCCAAAACUUUUUGUCAGUGUCACACUGCCAAAUAUGAAAAUUGUCCAUAAUUCAGCACAGCAUUUGCGGGAGAAAUCCAAGGUUAUGCAAUUUUAUUUCAAAAAAUAUCUUCAGAAUUUUGAAACAAAAAUCCUUACGUUAAUAAUUCUUCAAACAGCUGAAAAUCUACUUGUACUCUGACCAAACAGAACCAUUGAACGAAUCAUUAGAUAAACCGAGACAAAGCUGCAAUUUUUAGAAACUGUUUAAGUUGAAUUUUUUGUGACCUGUUAUAAAUUUUUAGAUGGCCUUCAAAGAUAUUAGGUGGAAUGUUAGAUAUUUGUACAGACUUCAGAAAUGGAGCGCAUCAUUAUUUGGAAUAUCCCUGAUAUAACCAUUGAUCUCUGUAUUGAGUCUGAGGGCAGAAAGGACAGUAAUGUUACUUUUUCAUUUUGCAGAUGCUUGAAAUAAAGCAGAAGGAUAAAGUAUCAGCUGAUAGUGCCUCUAUUGAACCUGUUGUGUGCUGACAAUACCAGUUUUUGUGUUAUGGUUAACCAGACGGAAAGAUAAAAUAAUGGAAGUCAUUACAAUUUAAACACUAUUUAAUUCUUAUGUCCAUAGUUCAGCAUUGAAAAGCCACAAGACUUGCUGUGUUUUUAUAUUUUACUAAAUUUCUCAAUAACCUAAAAUGACAUGCUUAAAAGUGGACAGUGUUAGGUUGGGGAGGGUGGGGGGAGUGAUGGAUUGGGAACGGAGGAUAAUGAGUGUUGUGAUGCAGAAGGCACAAGUACUUUGUCUUUAUUCUUAUCCUUUAUUAAAGAUUCUGAAAUAUCAUUGAGUUUUGGAAAUGUUCAUUGGGAAAAUUGGCCCUGAAUCAUAAAGCACAAUACAGUUUAAGUGAAUUGGUUAACCUUGUCAAAAUGUAAUGGAUGUGUGAAAAUUCAGUGUGUUCUGGUACUCUUCUUGACUCCCUGCUUCACUGGACAGACUCAUGAUCACUAACACUAACUUCUUGGAGAAAGAACUGAAUAAAAACUAUUAAAGAUUGAGGAGAUUGUAUUGAAU